CAUUCCCUAUAUUGAGAAAUGGGAAAUAAUUUGCUUCUUCCAAUCACUGCAGCAUUUCUCUUGCUCCAUUGCUUGAGAUGUUCGGCAACUGUCUACACCAUCGGCGACAGCUCCGGCUGGGAUAUCAGCACCGACAUCGACUCGUGGUCGAACGACAAGACUUUCUCUACCGGAGAUACUUUAUUGUUCCAGUACUCACAGUACCACUCGGUCAGUGAGGUGACCGAGGGGAACUACAAGGGGUGCAACACGACCAACGUGCUACAAUCGAGUAACAAUGGGAACACAACAUUUGCCUUGACCAGCCCAGGCGAGCGGUAUUUCAUCUGUGGCAAUAGGCUACAUUGCCUCGGCGGGAUGAAGCUCCACGUCCAUGUUGUCGAGAACCAGACCGUGCCCGGGCCCGUUGGAGCACCCUCGGCACAGCCAGGUGGAUCCCUACCGCCCGGGUCCUCCAAGAGCGACGAACCUUCGAAUUCAGUUUCAUUUGUCAGCCCUGCUAGCCUAGAAGCUCUUCUCCUUUCAUCUUUUGCCUCCUACAUUAUAGUUUUCUCAUAAAAUUCAAGGUUUUUGAGUUUCGAAUGUAUUUGUUGUCAGGCUUCAUAUCUCAUUUAUUUAAGUUGUAUCA